AUGACUACAAAUUUAUUAAAUCUCAUCAUAUUAAAAAAACAUAUCUUCUUAUUUAUAUUUAUGUUAAGUCAAGUUAAUAGUGAAGAAGAUCAUGUACAUAUUGAACAAUAUACCAAAGAUAAUUUUUUAACGGAAAUUCAAAAAAAAAGUCAUCUUGUCAUAUUCUAUGCACAAUGGUGUGAUCAAUGUCAAAAAUUAGAACCUACUUGGGAACAAUUAACUAAACUAUCAAACCAAAGGAAUAAAAAUAUAAAAAUUGUCAAAGUGGAUUGUACUGUAGAUAGUAGCUUAUGUGGAGAACAUAAUGUUACUGAUUAUCCCACUUUUAAAUUUUUUAAUGCUGGAAAAUACAAGGGCAUUGAGCUUAAUAUAAACGAAUCAACUUUGAUGGUUUAUGUUGAUCUAUUAGAUGCACUUUUUAAGGAUGAAGAUAUUGUGCCAUUGCCUCCUAAAGCAGUAAAUGGUUUAUUGGAAUUAACAGAAGAUACUUUUGAUAAACAUGUAUCUACUGGUUAUCAUUUUGUAAAGUUUUAUGUACCUUGGUGUGGUCAUUGCCAAAAAUUAGCUCCUACCUGGGAUGAAUUAGCCAAUAGUUUACGUAAUAAUAAUUAUGUUAGUAUAUCUAAAAUAGAUUGUACACAACAUCGUAGUAUUUGUGGACAGUUUAAUAUAAAAGGAUACCCAACAUUACUUUGGAUUGAAGAUGGAAAGAAGGUAGAUAAAUAUGCUGGAUUACGUACUCACGAAGAGCUAAAGACUUAUGUAUCAAAAAUGCUCGAAAAAGGAAACGAUGAAGCCAAUAUUAAGACUGAUAAUUUAGAGAGUAUAACUUAUGCUGUAGUUAGUUUAACUGGUGAAAGCUUUAAACAUGGUAUUGAAAAUGGUAUUUCAUUUGUUAAGUUUUUUGCACCUUGGUGUGGGCAUUGUAAACGUUUAGCACCAAUUUGGAAAGAUCUUGGGAAAAAAUUCUUAACAAACAAAGAUGUCAAUAUAAUCAAAGUAGACUGUACUCUGGAUGUAAGUAAAAGAUUGUGCAUUGACCAAGAAGUGGACGGUUUUCCAUCUUUAUAUUUAUAUCGUGACGGACUUAAAAUUUCCGAAUACAACGGUGCUCGAAAUUUAGACGAUCUUUAUGAAUAUGUAAUGAAUUAUGUACAGCCGCACGAUGAAUUAUAA